AGCCAAGACAAGUGUCUCCUCUCUGAUAUCGUGUGGACAAAAAUACGGACACACUUACGACACUUUACGCACGCGCAAACCGAGAUGGGCGCUGGGAUCGCAGCCGCACGCGGCAGUGGUUCCGCGAUUGCAUCGAAGAACUCUGCGACCGAUACAACAUCGAUAACUCCUCUUUCCUCGGUGCAAAGCGUAGCACCUCGCCACACCACCGCCGCAAGCCCCCUCCCACCCACCGCCGUGCACACCGCUAACCCACGUCAGCACCUCACGGAUGCGCACACCGCCACUCCCCCUACGGAGCGACCGCACCACCCGCAACAGCCAACGCGUCCACCAGCGCCGCCGCAGCAAUCAACCGCGACUGCACUGGUCGCCGCCACGCCUCUUGAGAAGCGUCUGCAAGUGCCGGAGAGCUGCCGCGGCGACCUCCCCCCCUCGCAGAGGAACCAUUUCAUACAGGCGACGACCACUGCAUCUCUCUCCGCGGAAGACUCCCGCCCUCCACCGUCGGUGCUGGACACAGCGGUGAAACGGCAGAUGGAGAGUGGUGAGCGCACCGAUGCGGCGACAAACCCAAAUGCCGACGUUUCGAACGUGGAAGCCGACGUGAGUGGGCCGGCAUUUCGUCGCAUGCUGAACAACGACUCCGUCGAUGAAAGCGGUGAGGAUGGUGGCAAUGGCGAAAGACGACACACGGCGCCGUCGCCGUCCCCUGACGCACCGGGUGGCGCAGUGGACGGUGAAGAUGCACACGCAGCGCAGCACCAGCAGCAGUUCUUCUCGCCACCGACCACCACCGCUGCUGCCAAUGCUGCUGGAAGUAUCAACGACGCGCUCUUCUACCGCCCCAUUACCCGCUCCGCCUCUCCUGGUCAGGCACUGCGCACGUACGAUGGCCUUCCGUUGACCUCCGUACAGCAAGUGCUAGCGUCGAAGCACAAGGUGUACCGCAUCUGCCUCACCGGCGGGCCCUGCGCCGGCAAGUCGACGAUGCUGUCCGCCAUGCAGGCAAGGAUCCCGCAGCGCACGGGCUUUCGUGUCAUGUGCGUGCCCGAGGCGGCGACGCUGCUUGUGACCGGCGGCAUGCAGUGGGACAGCAACAUCACAGUUGCGCAGCAGUCCGUGCUUUUGCGCACGCAGCUCGCUUUGGAAGAUCAGUUCUUUGCCCUCGCCGUGGCCUCUGCCGUGCCGACGAUCAUCGUCUCGGAUCGCGGCACGAUGGACGGCCGCGCCUUCUGCUCCGAUGCGCAGUUUCAAGAGAUUUUGCGCAAUGUGGGCAGCACCGUGGAUGUGCUGCGUGACCGCUACGACGCCGUGCUGCACAUGGUCACCGCCGCGAACGGGGCGGAGGAGUUCUACAACCUCGACAAUCCUGCGCGGUACGAGGACCUGGACGGCGCGCGUGCGUCGGACCUGCGUCUGCAGGAGAUGUACGUCGGACACCACAUGUUCCGCCUGCUCGACAACUCCACCACCUUCGACGACAAAAUUGAGCGCGGACUGCAGAUUGUCGGCCAGGUCGUUCACAAGGAGCAGUGCGCGCCGGCAUCACCCAGCUUCUACCUCGUUCGCCGCUGCCCUCGGGAGCUGCCAGUGGCCUCGGCCAGCUACACUACCUACACCACUGUGCUCAACAACAGUCAAAUGAACGACAUUCGCCUGCUGGUGAAGCGUGAGAUGUCAGACGGGUCGUCCAUGCACUUUUUCAAGAGUGUGAAGGACAUGGCCGCUGCCGCUGCCACCUCCUCUGCCCAUUCCACGCCGCGUGCGGUGUCCCGUGGGAGCUGCGGCGCCUCCUUCCGCAGCAGCAUGGUAGCGGGUGGCGGCGCCAACCAGUUCUCUGCGCCGUCGCAGCAGCAGCGCAUCGAGAGCGCGCAGCGUAUCAGCAGCCGCGAGUACAACAGCUUGAAGCAGCACCGCGACCGCGCACGAGCGGAGGUGGUGAUGCAGGCGACGCAUUUCAUUUACGAGGGCGCAAACUACGAGUUGACGACGCUGCUGGCGCCGAGCUGGGCGGCGGGCCGGCAGACGCUCACGGUGGAGAGCUGCACCCCAUCUGCAGCCCAGAAGAGUCCUUCGGCCGCCCUGCGCCUGCCACCCUUUCUCGAGGUGGACCGCGAGGUGCCUGUGGAGAGCCUGACAACGGCCUUCCUGAUCUCACACCGCGAGACCGGCGCGCUCUACACUUCGCUGGCCUUCGCACCGGUCUUCUCUCGCGCGGUGGUUACCGCCGUCGGUGCGCACGCGGACACGGAGAACAUUCUGAACAGCACCUUCAGCACCCCGCGUGGGCUGUCAGCGCUGCACGCGGAGACGAACACGCUUCCCGCGCCACCCGCUGACACCGAGAGACCCCAGGAGGCGAAGGAUGAAGAGUCUGCGGCCCCGGCAGCGCCUGCGCGUCGCGGACUGGCGCCGCUCUGCGUCAACACCGCACCCACCGCUGCAUCAGCGAAAGGCAAAUCGACGCCGAAAACGACGGCGGAGGCGCCUCCUCCGCAGGAGAUGGCGCCAUACGCGCUCGGCGGCUCCCUCAACGCCCAGCAGCCCCGCAUCGUCGUCACCCCCUCUAGCUUUUCGUUGUCUGGCGAGGAAGAUGCCGGGGCGGAGGUGGUGGGUGCUGCGGCAGGCGAGCAUCCGCAGCCGGAGCGGCGCGUGUUCGCUCGCGAUCCGGAGAGCAUUUUGCCACCCAUCGAGUCCAAGAAGGUUCGCACGCAUUAG